ACAAGAGUGUGAUCUAUCUCUGAAUCGCUCCAAGCUGGAAUAGACCACAUCAGAAUCGGGAGCAAAAGGAGUGCGUUAUAGCCUACAGAGUGAGAGAGUGAGGGAAACAGCCGAUAGAGGUUCCGCGCCUUCUGCGCGCUUGGAGGGCACAUGACCAGGACCGGUUGGACUAUGCUGUCAAGCCGCUCUGUGAUGGUGGAGUGCGGGUAGUGAGUGCUGGAGGCUCCGGGACACGGUGGUGCAAAAGCGGCUCUCCAGAUAGCCAUCAUGACUGGGCUGGAUUUUCCCUCCGGACUUGUAGAAUUGCUUAUAGUUCAGUAAUAAGACAUUUCACACAGAACUGUGGGAAAUGUUUUCUUUUGAUUGCAAAACAACGACCAAUUAGAAUUGUGCAGGUUGCCGGUGGAUUUCUAUAGAAUGGGAUCUUGAAAGGACACUCCAAACUGUGCGUCCUGGGACAUUUGACAACGAACUGGAAUAAUGAAGUGGACGAAGAAGAUAGUUGUGUGUUUAUUUCAGUUUUCAUAAGCCUUGUGAUCUCUGUCAUCAUAAAUCAAAGAAGGGUUUUUUGUCAAGUUUGUAAAGAAGAAAUUUGCUUAGAAAACUUUGGAAUAUGAUAUUAUAUCAAAGUCACAUUGCAAGCGAAAAAUAUUUUGUAUCAUUUGUAAAUUAAAGGAAUAAACCAGACGCCUAUAGAAAUAGACGGAAACGAGCAAGGGACAGACUGUAUUUGCUUGCUUCGUUGUCCUCUCCGGUUUAUUUUCGCCACAACACUUUAGGGACAAGUUGGAUAUUGGAAAAAACUAUGAAAACUUAUUGGGUGAGUUAUUUAAGAUCCAUUGGCUACGUUUUAAAUCAGAACUUUUAAGAUAUCAAAAUAUCUAUUGAGGCAUUCUCUUCUAUUUUCGUUUUUGUCCUCUUUUUUGUGUGGAGAUUCACAGAAAAACAGACUAAAGCUAGACUGCCUAUGCCAGGCGAGCUGGCUGUCAUGCAGGAUUGAUAUCGGGAAGUAUGUUUGGGCUGGAGCAGUUUGGUUCUCAGAUUAAUAGCAUAAACCCUAGCCAGUCAGAGAGAAACAUAAACCAGCCAAGACUGAACAUGAGCUCCCAUUACAAAAGCCCCGGCUUUCAUACCGGAGGCCCGCCGGGAGCCGCGGAGCCGGGCAUGGGCCCUUUGAACGAGCCUCCGAUGCUCGGGCUCAAUAUGAACAUGAAUGGGGAGCAGUACGGUGGCUUUCACCCGCGGGGCCACUCGGACAUGCAUGCAGGCAGCGGACUCCAGCAGCAACAGCAGCAGCAAGGACCCAUGCAUGGAUUUUUCAACAACCAGCAACCUCAUCAAGGCCAUCCCCACGGCCACCAGUCUCACCCUCACCAACACCACCCUCAUUUCAAUGGGAACUUUGGAGGCCCAGACCCAGCAUCAUCCUGUCUGCAUGGUGGCAGAUUGAUGGGCUACAACAACAGUGGCAUGGGGCCUCAGCAGGGCUUUGGAGAGGGGUUUGACCCCAUCGCUGAGGGCCAAGCAGGGGACGGCUUCUCCCAGCAGCAGCAGCAGCAGCAGCAGCAGCAGCAGAGAUCUGGUAACAUGUCUGAGUUCCAGCACAACGGCCCCCCUAAUGGCAACCACGCUGUCCCUGCCCCCUGUCUACCCCUGGACCAGUCACCUAACCGGGCAGCAUCCUUCCAUGGUCUGCCCUCCUCUUCCUCCUCAGAUACCCAUGGUCUGGAGCCUCGACGGAUGCCCAAUCAGGGUGCUGUGGAGGGAUUAGAGUAUAAUUUCCCCAGCGAACCCCCAACUGGACAUUUUGAAGUACCUGUAUUUUCCCCCUCAGAAUCAGAGUCUCAGCUUCCCCACUUUGGGACAGGAAGGCCGGUGACCGGUGGCAGUUUCCCUGGAAACCCUGCCAUGGCUCGGACACCGGGUAUGCAGGGCAUCUCCAAAGGGCACCAGCAGCCACCCCCACAGCCCCAGCAGCCUCAGCCUCCCCCACAGCACGGAGUAUUUUUUGAGCGCUUUGGGAAUGGCCGUAAGAUUCCCGUGGGGAUGGAGCUGGGGGUCAGUGCUAGACACCCUCUCAUGCAGCAGCAGGCUGGUUUGAUAGCGCGACAGAACUCAUGCCCCCCUGGCCUCCCCCGGCCUCCCCAGUCUGAGCCGGGCUCCAUUAACCCCAACAUGCUGGACGGUGGCGUCAUGAUGCCUGUCCAACACAACCAGUUUGAAUAUCCUAUUCACAGACUGGAAAAUAGGGGCCUGCACCCCUAUGGGGACCCCAUGUUUAAUAUGCAACAGCCGGCUCCCCCUCCUCCCGCCCAACAGCCUCCGAAUCAGAGGCUGCAACAUUUUGACUCUCCUUAUAUGAACAUGGCUAAAAGGCCAAGAUUUGAGUUCCCUAACGCACACGGAGGGGAAAAUUGUGGCACGUGGGGUAGUGGCAUGCACAAUGUGCAGGGAAUGGAGAACCACCUCUCUCCCUCGGCCUACCCUGGCCUUCCAGGUGAGUUCACCCCACCUGUAACAGACGGUUUCCCCCCGGGUCCACUCCAGCACGCUGGGCCUGAGCAGCAGUCUCUGCAGCAGCGGCAGAAUGCGGCCAUGAUGAUCAAGCAGAUGGCCUCUCGGAACCAGCAGCAGAGGAUGAGGCAGCCCAGCCUGCAGCAGCUGGGUCACCAUGGCGACGUACCUCCAGGCCCCAUGGUUCAUGGAGGCCCAGUGGGGAGCAUGCCUCAGCCCAACUUUGACAGGGAGAAUGGGAGCAGGAUGCCCAACUUUGAGGGUCAGAGCCCUCAUAUAACUCAGGAGAACUGGUUCCCCGGUUCUCACCCACCAGGAGAGAUCAUGUCGCGGCGUAUGGGGGUAACGGGUGGGGAGGCUGUAGCCCACGACAUGGGGCUGCAGCAGAACGGAGUCGGUAUGAUGUUCAGGCCGGGCAUGAAUGGGAUGGGCAUGCAGGAGCCAAUGAGGAUACCUGGAGAUGGACACGUACAGGCUCUCCACUCUCCUGGUAUGCACCCCCCGUUUGGCAACAACAUGGGCAAUCUCUCCCAGAUGCAGUCCCCCGGAGCCGGGGUAGGACACCCCAACGCACCAUCAGAGAGGCGGCCGACUGACUUCCCUGCCGGGCCUCCCAUGGGAUCUCAAUCAACGUUUCCUUAUGGAGGGGUUAACCGUCAGGGGGCACCACAUAGCAAUCCCCAGGGGGUGAACACCUCACCAGGGAGCUACCCUCCACAGUCUGAGUUCCCCCCAGGCCAGCGAUCCUCUGUCAGUAAACUUGGGGCACUCUCUCUGGGGAACUUUAGCAAAACCAGCACUAAAGACAAUGUUUUUGGACAGAGCUGCCUGGCGGCCCUUUCCACGGCCUGCCAGAACAUGAUAGCUAGCCUAGGGGCCCCCAACCUAAACGUAACAUUCAACAAGAAGAACCAAAAUGAGGGCAAGCGAAAACUGAGUCAGACGGAGCAGGACAUUAAUAGCAGCACAGUUAACGGGACCGGCAGUGCUGGUCCUGAGUAUUUUCAGAGUGGCACUUCCCAGAACAGCCAGAUGCCUGGCAACGGGAAUAGCAACAUUAAGCCUGCAGGUCAAAACCAGACGCUGCAGGGGGAAGCCAGUGCCCUCUCCCCAAAUUACAACAUGGACGCUACCCCAUGCAGUGAGGGGAAAGCAGCAACAGGGAAUGGGAGAGGGAGAGGGAGGAGAAAAAGGGACAGCGGGCAUGUGAGCCCUGGGAUCUUUUUUUCCUCUGACAGCGGAAACCCUGUUGUAAGUCCAGGCCAGCAACCCCCUUCAGCUGGCGUUGGGGAGAGGGGUGGGGGUACGCCCCAUGAGAAACCCCUCCCAUCCCCCUCCUGGGGAAAGGGAGGUGACCUUAUGCUGGGGGACCAGGCAGACCUGAUGUCUUCUCUGGACAGUGGCAUUCAGAGUGUCACCAAGUCUAACAGUAACUCACCGCGCAUAGAUUUUCCUGAUGAUGUCAGCGCCCACUACGGCAACGAGGAUGAGGUGUCCUCUAGCUCAGAUGCAGGAGGUGCUCCUGCCUCCAAGCCCAACCGCAGCCCGCACAUCACCGGCUCACCCAAGCUGCAAAGGGGGGAACAGGGCCUGAUGAAUGGGCAGAAGCCCCUAGGCAUGCAGGACAUCACCAAUCACACUACCUCGACACCCGACAGCUAUGGACUGAGUGCUGGUGUGGGGACAGGUGGCAAUGGAGUCGGUCACCCGGGCACACCUGGGAUGGAGCAGGUACGCACUCCAUCCAGCACCUCUGGCCAGGAUGACAUCCACCCUCUGGAGAUACUGCAGGCCCAGAUCCAGCUGCAGCGCCAGCAGUUCAGCAUCUCAGAGGACCAGCCCCUGGGCAUGAAGAAUGGCAAGAAGAGUGGUGACUGUCUCUCACAGAACGGAGACAAUGAGCUGGCGAGCUGCAGCCCGGAUGCUGGGAAGGGCUCAAUGGGCACUAUUGACCUUGACACUCUGAUGGCAGAGCAGCACGCCACCUGGUACGUGCCCAGUGACAAGGCCCUGAUGGAUGGGCCAGAAGACGACAAGGCCAUGGCACCCUGGGAAAAAAACAAGAGCCAGAAUAACAGCAAAGAAGAGUCAGAGCUGUCUCAGAGUAAGGCUGGAGUAGGGGUGGGGGCCCCGGGGCCCGGAGGGGGCAAUGGGGGGAGCCACCUGCAGUGCCUGUCCGUCCACUGCACAGAUGAGCUGGGGGACAGUAAGGGCCGAGGGGGGCCCGUCUCCUCCUGGCGCUCCCUGCACUCCGACAUCUCCAACCGCUUUGGGACCUUCGUGGCUGCCCUGACCUGAACACAAUCAGGGCAGCCCAGGAGAUGGAGGGAAGAUCAGA